AUGGAUCCUAGAAAUCAUCCUUCCCGGCCCCCAUCGACCAGUUUACCUCAGGGAUCCACGCCUCUAUCAUCCGCGCCCAUCUCGAGCAUGCCGAUGCCUCAAUACACGAUGCAGCCUCAGUAUCCGGUUUCUCAGCCGCACACCCUGCCCCCUCUCCAGCCGCAUCACAGUCAAUCGCCGGCUCCCCACUCCUACAUGGGUCAGCCACCAUACCGCCCUGAUAUGAACAGGUACCCGGCGUCAAGCCAUGAUGUGUACGCGUCGUCUGCUGCGCCGAUAAUGCCUCACACCAGUGUGGGUAGCCUGCCUCCCACGUCUUUCCUCUCCCACCCAAACCCGCAGGCACAGCAGCCGUCGCAACACUACCCCCCCCCUCACAGUGUGCUCCCACCUGCAUCGAGUGCUCAGACGUAUCCGCAGCCAAUUGCGCCGGCGCCUCCCCGGGAUCGCCGUGCUGAUUUCAAUGGCGUUCCAUCUGGUGCAUUCAGCUUCAAUGAUGGAAAGCCUCAACAUUGGAUGGGCGCGGACCCAGUCGCCGCCAAUGGUGCUGCCUACCCUGGAAAAGAGUCCCCUCGAACUCAGGUCGUUGGGUCCCAGGGCCGACGCGGUAUUCUCCCAAGUGUGCCUGGUCGCGCGACUCCGGUUACCAAUGGUGUCAAUGGCACAGCCAAGAACACUACGAUUCCAGCCAAGGAUGCAGACGGGAAAUUCCCCUGCCCGCAUUGUAACAAGACCUACCUUCACGCCAAACAUCUGAAGCGUCAUUUGCUGCGCCACACUGGAGACCGCCCAUACAUGUGUGUUCUUUGCAAGGACACAUUCUCUCGCAGUGAUAUCUUGAAACGCCACUUCCAAAAGUGCUCAAUUAGACGUGGUAACCCCACCGGAGCAACUCACUUGUCGCACCCCAACGCGCAUGUCAAGAGGUCACAACAGCAAGCUGCGGCAAAUCCUGCAAAACCUGUCCAGGAUGAAGUCAGUAGUAAUGUCCCGCCUCCCAAUGGCAUCCCGGGUACGACUUACGGCGAGGGAGCCGUAAACGGCAAUGGAUUGGCUCCUGCCCGACCUGGGUACGCAGAUCACCAGACUAUGGGCUUCCCAAUGUCAUCUGUCAAUGGGAUGGGCCGUGGUCAGCAUGAAGACGCGUUUCCCGGUGGUCGUCCGCAUCAAGGAGCCCCCUGGCCAGCAGCUCCCAAGCAGAGCCCGUAUCUCGUGCAGCCGGGUGCUGACCCCUCUGGUCACCAGUUGAAUAUUGACCGUACUCCCCUUGAGCAGGUAAAACAACCGGUUGUUCACGAACAUAAGCGCCCUGUGAUGCCUGGACAUCCCGGCCACGAGCUCGACUGGACCACCAUGUUCCAACCCGGUGCCCCCGAAGGUUACAUGAACCCCGUUUUCUCCCAGUCUAUGCCUGGGGGCCAAGAACCUAUCCACGCUCAUGUUGAUGCCGAGCGCAAGUACUAUCCCACUACCACCGCCGGUGCCCAGGAGGGUGGAAUGAAUGGCCUGUACAUGGCUUCGACUAUGGGUGGUGACGGUAAGUAG